AUGGAAGACUUUUUGAAGGUGCUUCAUUCUAUCUUGGCUGAUGACGGAAAACUCCUCAGCAGCGAGUCAAUAGCCAUGAUGUUUCGGUCACAACUCCUGGCAGCUAGUCGAGAAUCCCUUCAUAAAUGUGUCCACGAGUCUGAACCCGAAGCCUCAUUCAUUGGCAUAUUUGACAAUACUCGUUUGUUUGACUGGGGACUGGGUGGAAUGCUGGCUAUGGAAAAUGAACCAUCUCGACGGCGAAGAAAUACACUGUUUUGGAGCGGAAAGCCUAAUUUGUUCUGGUUCAUUGAUAGAGAGUCUGACCUUUGCGGUGUGUUAGGGACUCAGUUUCUCCCACCUGGUGAUGAGAAGGUGGGGAGAAUGAUCGAGACUUUUGAGAAAUCUGUUUUCGAAGCUAGAUUCAAGGUCUAG